AAUGACUACUAGUAGUAUAGUAAUAGUAUAGUGGCAUAAUAGCUGGUGUAAAAUGAAUAUCCUCCACGUUGUCUCCUGUUGUCUCCUGUCAGGUCCGUGUCUUGUAUCAGCUGUUACUAAGGUGACUGGAGUUGUAGGAGGUAAAGUUAUAAUCAAAUGCUCCCUCACUGGGGCAGAGAACAUCAAGUACUUCUGCAAAAGAACUUGUUAUGUUAAAGAUGUUCUCAUUCAGACUAAGGACAGAGGAACCUAUAUAGAUAAAGGACGAUACAGUUUACAUGACUUUAGAAAUGGAGACUUCACUGUGACCAUCAAGGACCUGAAGAAGUCAGACUCUGGGACAUACUGGUGUGGAGCAGAAAGAUAUGGCCCAGACUCAUACCAAGAGGUGAAACUCAGGGUGACAGACGCCUUCCCAAACUUCCCUACAACAUAUUCUAACUUCUCCACAACACUCCCAAACCACUCUGGAACUUCUUCAAAUAUAUCCACAUCACUCCCAAACCUCUCUGGAACAUCUCCAAACCUCUCCUCAGCACCUGGUUACUCUAUUGGUGUCUCUUCAACAGAAGGUCUGACGAUGUGGACCAGUGUUGGUCUGGUAGUCAUGAUGAUGGUGUUAGGGCUGUCUCUACUCCUGUUCCACAGAGAGAGAAGAAUCAGAAAAUCAACACAUCCAGUCUCCUCCAACACCAACACUGCCCCUAGUGGAGAGGCUGAAUGUGUGUAUGAUGAGAUCAGAGAGGCUGACAGACAGACCGUGGUCAGUUCAUCAAUCUACACCAUUGUCAACUCAGAUACAAUCUACCCUGCUGUCCGCACCUCUGCAACAUACCCUGCUAACAGCGCAACAGGUGAUCAAUGUGACCUCCAUGCUAACGCUAGCUGCUCCAAAGACGACAUAGACCCAUGCUACUCUACUGUGGACUUCCUUAAAGAUCACAUAGACCCAAUCUACUCCACUGCUGAUCCCCCAGAUGCUCUUAUGUACUCCAGUUUGGAUCUUCCAAAAGUUUCUAGAAUCUCCUCAGUCUCUUCAACAGCCAGUAGAACCCAAGAUGGUUCCAUCUAUUCUACAGCCCAGUUACCCAAAGACCCUGUAGAACAUAUGAGAUGGCCUGAUGUGCAGAUCUAUGAAGACACUCCAAAAGACGCUGUCUAUUCUACCGCCCAGCUACCUGAGAAACCAUAGAACUAUAAGACCUGUACCAGGUUCUGCAUGUGUCCCCAAGGGCUCCUGGUUCUCUAUUGGCCCUUCUCUAAAGUAUUGCACUAUGAAGGGAAAAGGGCAUCAUGUGGGAAUGGUGGGUCUCCAAAGAGACCAGGGAUUGUGACCUGAGUGAGGUUUCACAGACAGGCCUGAUAGGCAGAGUGCCUGCUUCCUCAGUCAGGCUCAUGGGCGGGGGGAAUGUGCUCUCCUCCCAGUGUGUGUGUGCUGGUGAAUACUUCCUGGUUGAAUGAGGUGUUUAAUAAGAGACAGAAUCACUUGGCAAGAUGGGCGAUCUACAAUUUCUGUAGGGGGACUAGCCUGGGCACUGUAGAUCUGACCUCAAGAGUAAACACAUGCAGGAGAACACACACAAAAAAAUGAAAGAUUGUUUUGCCAUCACAAUCCCUACAUCUCCUCAACAUUCACAGAGAGCGAGAGAGACAGAGAGAGAGAGAUGGAGAGAGAGAGCAAAAGAGAGAAAGAGAGAGAUAGUAACACAGUAAUAAAUAGAGUGAUGGGUAGAGAGAGGGAGGACAGAGGGGGGACAGAGGGAGGAGAGAGAAAUAGACGUGUCAGACGAGGGAGGAGCUUCAAUAAAGGAAGAAAGAGCAUUUCAGAAACACCCUGCAGUCUAACAACUGGUGAUCAAUCAAUCAGUCAAUCAAAUGGAUUUAUAAAGCCCUUUUUACAUCAGCAGAUGUCACA